UGAUUAUUAUAAUGUUGAUAGUGCUAUCUUGGAGAUAGUGUUACAUUACUGGCAGUCUUGACAUAUAUCCAGUGAUUUGAACUUUGUCUUUGCAGAUUUAAAAAUGGUGCAGCAAGAUUUGACUUAGGCAAGUCAGACUCAUAUGUUCAAGUGGUAGUCGGGAAUGGCUCGGGGUGGCUCACGGGUGUGAGCUCCACGAGAGCUACAGACACUCAGCAAGUCAAGUGUAGUGUUGUGCAGUGUCUUGUCAAAUAGUGUGUGUGUUAGUGACGGUGGAGCCGGGAUGCCCUCCGUGAUGUUGUCCGCGGUGCUUGAAGAGGAGCCCGAUCUGUAUGAGGCGUUCCCCCCUCAUGUUGACCCCACUGGUAUCACUAUCCUCACUGAUAGCCCACCAGGCAAAAAAGCGCCCCUCAAAACAUUUGAGGAGAUCCAGCCCCUCAUCCAACAGGGCCGCAAGCGCGAGCUCAAGCUACUCAUCAGAGAAAACUCCUGGCCAAUCAACAGCCCCGUCCGCGCCUCCCUCUGGCCAGCUCUCUGCAGACAACAUCAACAUGGAAAGUCUAUGCUCGAUGGAUUCUACUGGGACAUGGUUACACAGGUGUUCGGCACAGUUGAGUUGCCGGACAAGCCGAUCAUGUUGCCACCUUUCGUGGAGGCGACCCAUUGCCUCGGCUACCAUCUGACUCGUAAGGGUCGGGCGGUCGCCGAUAGGGUUGUCUCCGUCCUUGGGUACGCCUGCCCUGACAUCACGUACAGCCCUAGCCUGUACCCUAUCACCGCUGCGUUGCUACACUUCAUGCCUGAGGAAGAAUGCUACCACUGCAUGGCGAGCUUGGUGGCGUCCAAGGAAAAGAUGUUUAUCACACAAACGAAACUACUCAACGAAGUUACAUGGAAGACUGUUAUGCAGAUCGCAAAGAAACAUGCCAAGUCGGCGGCGCAACACCUGUCGCGACUGUCGGGCGCGAUCGGUCCUGAACGGAUCUACGCUGACUGGCAGUGGUGGAUCCUCGCCGCGCUGCCCUUCCCUCACCUCGUGAGGGUACUCGACUGCUUCUUCCAUGAGGGGAUCAAGGUAUUCUACAGGGUGGCUUUAGCGAUCCUCAUCCUCUUCAACAAGCAUGCUUCGAACCAGAGCUCUGACUGGUACGCUGAAGCCACGAAGAAUGGCGUCGACCACGCCAUCGACAAGUUCUGCAGGAAUAUGCCAGCAUCGCCCACUAAACUACUCAGGACCGCCUUCAGCAUAAGGGCAUUAAGUUCACAGUACAUAUCCCGGGUGUUCAUUAAGACGGAGAUGACGCUCAAGUCGAAGCAAGUCAUCACUGGAUCCCGCCUCGUACGCUCCCGGUCGUCUGACAAUCUACCCACCAGCCAAUCACAAGUCAACAUACAAAUGAUGUCACACACCCUUACUAUCCGCGAAAGAAUGUCUGAGGAAACGUGCAAACAAAUGCUGUUCACGUUGUGGUCGUGGUUGCCAGUUCGCAUCACUAUGUACCAACCAGUGUUGCUAUAUACGACUGAGGAGCACGGUUGCUCGUUGACCACUUUCUACGUGAGGGUGGAACACCAUGAACCAACAUUGCUUAUGAUCAAGACAUGUAAUAAUGAGGUAUUCGGUGCGUAUUGUUCAACGAGAUGGUUCGAGCGCAACCAGAAGGAUGAGCGCGGUAACCGACAGGCUUACUUCGGCACCGGAGAAACAUUCCUCUUUAGUUUGCAUCCACUACGAGCAAAAUACCCGUGGGUCGGAUGCCUAGAGGACAAUGUUGAAGGUCCAAGCGAUCAGAAAGAGGCCAGGACUCCACACGCCAAUUCUCUCUUCAUGGCUGCUGAUAAUACAAUGAUUACUAUCGGUGGAGGUGACGGCCAAGCGAUCUGGAUGGACGAGAACAUAAGGUUCGGCAAGACUGACCGCUGCUCGACGUUCAACAACCCGCCGCUAUGCCCGAGCGGGGACUUCGAGAUCCGGGUGCUCGAGGUGUACGGCUUCUCGGGGGCGUAGGCCCUCCACUUGAAUAAUCUCGAUAUCACCGUAGCUUCAUAUCCCCCGUGUGAUAAAUGUUGUGAUCGCUUCACUCCGCUGGAGCGCUACGUACGAGUGCGUGCCGGUCGAGGUUAUCAAUAGAUCCCCAGGGAUUUUCAUCCGCCAUUAUCUCGCCAAUCCUCACACACUUCUGUGGACCCGUGGUGGCAGUGCCGCGCACUGACCAUCCACCACCCUCCCUCACCAUAUUUCAGAGGAAAUCCCCCUCCAAGCGAUGUAUUGAUCACCCUUUGCCGAUAUAACAGACUGUGUAGAUGUAUUCCUAAUAUUUAUUCUACAAAGUUAAUCUCGGUGUGGACCCCGUAGCUGUCCUUUCAAUUCAAAGCUGUCCGUUUAAGACAACGAAGACGGGGAAUGUAGGUUGUUUAAAUAUUUACUCGUGUUUAGAAUGUGUAAGUACAAAAAUUUUGAAUGUAUCGUACCUACUCUUGAUGGAUUAAAUAAUACGCUUAUUAUGAAAGCAAUAUUGUAUCUGUGGGGCGCAGCCGUGCGGUGGGAACGUUCGGGACUCGGGGCGAUGCGAACAUUCCACUCGACUGUAACAUCGUUAUCCUUGCGACGACUCAGCCUAGUUGUACGAUUCGGUCCAAGCAACAGUAUUUCGGUAUCGUAUUGUAUGUUCAUUAUUGCUUGUUAGUAUUUAUACUCGCUGAAAUUUUGUCGUUGCUCACAAAAAUGUACCAAAGAGUUUACCUUGUAAUGAAUUUAUUUGUGACUCGAUGCUUCGUCAUAGAAUCACGGCGAUGUUGCACUCAUCAUCAAUAUUCGCAAACAGACGCUCAGCUAGAAGCUAGAUUCUCGUAGCUUGCGAACUAAUAUAGUAUAUCAGUGAUAUCGCAAAUAAUUUUCGCUCCUAUCACGAAGACGAAAGGUUCAUCUCUCACUGCCAUCGUUCGCAGUCAAAAUAGUAUUAUUUAUUAUAUAUUUCAAAGGUGAUGUGCCAAAAUCGGACCAUGUAACGAAUUGGCUUUACUAUGAACUCCGGGUAACAAUCUGGAUUGAUUUCUUUUAUACAUAAAAUUUAUGUAAAAGAGAUUUUACAUUUAUUGUAUAUGUUUAUUAACGAAACGUAAGUGGAUUAGUUUAUUUCUUGUUUUAUCGAAAAUGUGUCGAAAUUAUUUUAGUUUAUCCGUUUGGGUGCGUUUGUCGGAACGUGGUUGUUAAUUGAUGUGCUACUAACUGUUAGUAGGAUGCUGUUGAUAUUAAGUUUGGUAGUUUAACUAGAAUCGAGGGUUCUUAUUGUGUUGGUUCCGACAGACGGACGUCAGACACUCGUUAGCAAUGCAGGCAACGUGUACAGUCGGUAACGAUGAAGUGUCCCUCGCGGUACAAAGGGUACAACCUGCGUUCGUAUCACCCGCGGCUUAUUCCGCUACGGUUUAUUUGUAAAUAUUAUUUUAUGCAGCCCCCUAACUACCGGACCAUGCACGACCAACUCUACAGUUUCAUCACCUCACGAGGCCCGGACGGAUUGUUAUGUAAAAAUGUUCACAUGUACCUGAGUAAUGUGUUUAUAUAUUAUGUGAAGUUGUGAAUGUCGUUAAGUAUUGUAGCCCAUACACAAAUAUUAUAUCGUUCGGUUAAUAUAGACAUUCUAACUUUUUGAAUAUUUAUAAGGUAUUUGAUUUAGAAGAGGUUAGUUUUAGUAUAGAGAUUUGAACGACCCGAUACGCGGUCUGUUCAAUUUAAUACGCGAAGUUGCCUCUUGAGCAUAGUACAGCUCUAUAGUAUUUAAGAAUGAAGUUAAACUCAACAUAACAAGAUGAAAUUAUGGUUCCGAUCAAACUGCAAGAGAGGUCCCUAACACGGCAUGGUCGCUACUUAGUGGGCUGUGCGUAGCGAUGGGUUUCGUCAUGGUACUACAUGCUAAAUGUUAUUCAGAAGCCUAAGACUCGUUUUAAAUUCAAAUUAUUUAUGUAACUUAUUGAUUAGGUAACAUGUAACGUUUAUAUUGUAUGUUAUGAAGCGUCUCUCUGCGGCCGACGGACUGGCGGUCACAUGUUUUUGUUUUUAUUUUACCAAGUUAAGGAGAUCAAAGUGUCUUCGGUGAGUGCAGUCGAGGGCGGCCCUGGGACCUCCUGGGACCUCCUGGACCGGUGGUCCUCGGCUGCACGGCUGUGUCCAUAUAUUUAUGUUACGUACAAGCUCGCCCGCACAGAGACGAUACUCGCGAUAUGUUGCUGUUAGCCAAUUGUCGUUGAUCAGUGUAAAGUCUAGUCUUUAUCCUGUUUUUAUUAUCUCUAACGAUAUAAUAUUAUGUAAACUAUAUACAAAUUGAUAUUUAAAAAAAGUUCGUGCGUUUUUUGCCUCAUUAUGGGGCGCGUAGGCUCGUGGUUAGUUAGUAUAUAAGUACAUUUAAUAUAUGUAAAUUUAUUAAUCUCCUUUUUCCUUUUCAGUAUUGUGUCGUUUUUUUUAUGUGAGGAGCAUAUCAUUGUGUGGCAUAAAUGUGAUGCGUGUAUGUAGUGAGCUUUGUUUUGUUACGACGUACUGUUACAUUCGAAUAGUUCAGCCCGCCGCGCAAGUGACGGCCUGAGACUCGUUUAUGGUAAUGUAAAUGUUGCUUCAUAAUGUGUAAAAAAAUAUAUAAUCCUAUAUACAUGUUGUUGUUUUAUUAUUACCUGAUUAACUUC